AUACGAUAUAUUAAAUAUAUAACACUACGAUAUAUAAUGCUACAUAAAUAAAUAAUAAAUUUAACCCUCUGUGGGCCGAAUUUGUUUCUGAAAUAUAAAAAAAUUUCAAGACGUAUACAUCAUCUUGUGAAAAAAAAACUAAAACUUUUUGGUAAAACGUGGAUAUAUAUUAGCUUGUGACUUGAAAGUUAGCAUGGGCAACCAUAGAGGGUUAACAAGUAAAUAAAUUAAUUUUCACGAACACAUUUUCUUGUGCUUUUUUUGUUUGAACAAUCGACACACCCGGUGCGUCGAUCAGUUCAGCUGUUUCCGAUCGCGUUUAUUUACGCGUCGUCCCCAACGACGAAGAGACUUGCGCAAACAAAUUUUCAAUCGCAUGCGAGAGACACAAUCUUGUUAAAAACCGGGAGCGACAUGCCGGAAACGAUCACUCUGUCGAAACGAAAUCCGAGUUCUCGCCCGGUCGCCGUCGCCAGGGUGGAUAACAACACCAGGCUGCCCCGAUGCGUUCAACGUAGACUAUUGUGCCCCCCGUUGUCCGUGAGAUGCCAUCCACGACCAACCCCCUACCGAUGCGUCGUCGAUCAUCGCACACCCGCGAAUACUACCUACAGACGACUGCCGAUCGGGCUGUCGAUGACAACUAAUCGUUCCGUAAAAUCGACGUCGAAGAACCGCGUAGAUCGAUGUCCGCCGGGUUUCCUGGUCUCCAUAGGCACCACUCCCCGCUGCAAGAAGAGCUUGUCGAUGAUGGACCUGUCCGCGGCCGAUCCCGAAAUCGGCGACGUCAAGUCGGAGAGCAGCGGUUCGAGCGCGGGUCCUCGCCCCGAGGAGAUAGCCGAGAGAUCAAAGGACAUCCUUUCAGCGAACGGCGGUAGCGUCGUCUACUGCGGAUCGUGGACGGACACCGUGCCAUCCUCGGGAUCCGAGCGCAGCGUCGUUUCCGCAUCAUCGUCGUCGGUGGAUCCGACGGUCAAGGCGGCGAGCGUGGUCUGUCACAUGCUCGUGCUGAACGCCUGGCGACGCAGACGCGCCGAGAUCGCGCAACUCGAGCAACAGGUUGAACAUCUGCAUCUUCAGAUCGAGUUUCUGCGACGAUUGCUGAUCGCGGAGAACGAGCGAGUCGGCAGAUUGAACGGCGAGCUACGCCGCGAGAAGUCGCAACUGGAGGAAGUGACGCGCGAGCGCGACGCCGUCAAUUUGGACAAAAAGAAGCUCGAGACCGAACUGAAGCGCGUUGAGGACGCGGUUCAGGAGCGAUCGGUCGCCAUGGGGAAUCUGAAGAACGAGCUACUGACCACGCGGGAUCAGUUGAAGGCGUGCGACGCGCAAAUGGCCAAGGACCGGGAGAAACUUCUGAAACUGCGGGAGGACAAGAAGAUUCUCCUGGACAAGGUCUCGGCGAGCGAAGCUCUGGCGACUGAACGCGGCGCCAGAGCAGGAAAAGCGGAAUCCGCCGUCGUGGAGUUGAAGCUGCGAUUGGAGGCGCAAACGGCCCUCGCGGAGUCCGCGCGGGAGCAGCUGCAACGCGCUUCGAAAGAUCUGGAAGCCACGGAGACGGAGCGGAAGAAGUUGGAGAUAAGCUUGAGAGCGAGCGAGGAUCUGAGAGACGCCGCCAACUUCCGUCUGAUUUCUCUGGAGAACAAACUGGCCGAUCGAGAGGCCGAACUUCGCUGCAUGGAAUUGGAAUACAACUCGCAGAUAAUGGAAUUGACCGAGCUGAGGGAUCGAUUGGUGCGUCAGUCUCAGGAGGGAUGCUGGAGCAAUCGGAUACUGCAGAUCGCCGGUAGCAUAAUGCGCGCGUCAAUUUGGCGGACUUUCAUGUUUCUGUCCAACGCCGCUAUGUUGUUGCCGCCAUAAAACGCUCUUACCGCGAUCGCAACUUUAGUGGAGCCGAAUUCUGGUUUUCCGAAAGAAAUCCGCGGAUUGGAUUGUCGAUGCGAAUGCUCUCGGGGUCCCAAGGAGGAAGAUCUCUUAUCGGUCUCGAAGAAAAAACGGCGGUCACGGGAAGAUGCCCAGGGAUGAGGCCAGCGGAGGACAACGGGGAAAUUAACAAGCUUUCGUUUUUUCCUUCACGUCACAUUUUACACACAUUGUAAUGGUUUUUUUUUCUUUUUUUUUUUUUAAGCUGAUAUUUAAUUUUCGAGUGUAAUCGGGGAUUUUUGUAUAUGCACACACGCGCGCGCGCUUGCGACAUUUCGCGAAAACAAAACGAGAGCGGUUUUGUUUUGUUGCGAUAUUUCGCAAUUUGUAGAAUUUUUUUUCUUUUUUUUUUUUUGAUAAAUUGCCGAGAGAUGCGACUGUUUUGUUAACGAGCGAUAUUUCUCAGCGGGGAUUUUUGUAACAUGUUGAAUAAAUAAUAUGGGUAUUAA